CGUCCGACAGCGUCGCAGGCAAGUCCAGUCACUGCUCCGAGCGCGCCGUCACUCCGACAAAGAUUUUAGAGAGAUCCCGCUCGAACUGAAACCGCAGCACAUCUAAAGAACAAUGGGCUUUGGCAGGGAGAUGGAUGGCUGUGGCCAAUGUAUGAAGUACAGCAUGUUUGUGGCUAACUUCAUAAUAUUUAUUGGUGGUUUGGUUGUUUUGGGAAUUGGAAUAUGGACACUGGUUGACAAAUCCUAUGUUAAUGAGCUUCUCGGAACUGAUUUGUUCAUGGGAGCUGUCUAUAUACUAAUAGUAACUGGUGCUAUUGUGUCCUUAAUAGCAUUUCUUGGCUGUCUUGGAGCGGUAAAGGAAGUCCGUUGCAUGUUGCUCAUGUACUUCAUUAUAGUGUUCCUGAUAUUCAUUACAAUGCUUAUUGGAGGAAUUCUAGGAUAUGUUUUCCGUGAAAAAGUUAAAACUACAAUGUACAAAGAAAUGGAAAGUUCAAUUAGGAGGUACCAUGAGAAUCAAGAAGUGCGAAGGGCUUGGGACAACACUCAGAUUAAUCUGAAAUGUUGCGGAAUCCAAGACCACAGCAGCUGGGGAGAUGAACUGCCAAAUAGUUGCUGCAAAGUAAAGACAAGUACUUUCUGCAACCCAUGGGAAUCUGGCUGCCUUGAAAAAGCUGAAAAAUUUGUGCAAGAUCAUGCAACUGUGAUUGGUGGUGCUGGUAUAGGUGUAGCAUGCAUCAUGUUGCUGGGGAUGAUUUUCUCAUGUGCACUGUUUAUGAUGAUUGAAUAAAACCCCACUUCUAAAUCAGUGUUCAUGAUCGGAACACAGAUGUGUGUUGUGUAAAGGGAGUUUAAUUAAAUCGGAGAACUUAACCAGAGAGUGUGUUCCUGUAAAUAUCUGUAGCUACGAAUGCUACAGAAAAAAUGUAAAGGAUGUUUAACUUCAUGCCAGACAUGAAAUUUAUAGUGGAAUUGUCAUCUGUUAAGAAAAAGUGAUGGUUUUACAAGACAGUGAAGUGUCCUGUAAGCUUAAGACCAGUGAUUUUCAUCUUAAUAUAAACAACACGCACAAAUUUAAAUAUUGCUUUGUACAUAUUCAUAUAUAUGAAUUGUGGACUGCUGUAGUGUGUCAGUAUUAAUCUCUGUAUACAAAAUAUGGCUUUUCAUACUACUUUACACCAACAUUCCUUUAUGAAUCUGUGUUUAGAAAUAUUCUACAAGAAUUUAAUUUAUUGUUAAAAAUGUUAAUUAUACUGGCAGAGUGCUCUUGCCAGUUUGCAGUUACUUCAAUUCUCUUUAACUCUAUUGUCUGCACAUCAUCACACUCAUUUUCUAGACAUUUAGAAUAAUUCUUGUGUAAAAUCACUAUUAUUUCAUUUUGCAAGAAGGUAACUAUUACCGACAUUCAUUAUGUGGGUAUAGAAAAGCACCAACCUUACUUACUCUUCAUUUUAUGUCAGUGGCAAAACAUAUUUAGUUAUUGGCACAUUGUCUAUAAGGAGCUAUUACCUCUUUCAUGUUAAAGUUGAAUUUUCACUUUAGAAAGUGAACAUUCUGUUUGUGAAGUGGAUUAUUUUGAUAGUGCUUCACUACUGCAAAAAUAGGAAGCGUGGGUGAUAGCACGGAUAGUAAAGCACAAUGUCACAUUUGAUUUCUCAAUAACUGUGUGUGUGUGUGUGUGUGU